AUCUAACGAGUUUUAUAUUCUUAUAGGCCCCUCCCUCCCUCCUUCUCUCUCUAGAACCUAGAGCUACCGACCCACUGUUCUCCUUCUCAUAGAAUAAUCUCCUGUGGGUUAAUUUAAUCUUCGACUCCUUCCUCUCAAAGUUUCCAUCUUUGAAGCUUCGUCUUGCGCCUGCGCUUCCCGCGAACUUCUUUCCUCUUCGAUCGCUGUGGAGGAUUUUAUAGCUACCUUUAAAAGAAAAAAAAAAUAAGGGAAUCCAUCUCGGUUCCAGUGAAGCCGUCGGUCUCCACACUGGAUCUCGCGGAAGUUUCCGUUUUGUUUGAAUACGGGCAUCACCUGUUUGACGGAUCCCUCAAAUCCUUCGGUUCUUUGGUUCAAAUGAGAAAUGUCACGCCGAUGGUGAGAUCCCUGUAGAAAUCGGGCAAAUAGGUGCGAAUGGACCGAUCUCAGCCGUCGGAUGGGGCGGGGUUGGUGGUGGCGAUCGAGUGCGUGGCGGGGAGCUCGAAGGCGGAGGAGUGGGGCGGGCAAGUGCCGCAGACCGGGGACGUGGUGGAGGAGAUCGCGAUCGGGGGGUCGCCGGCGGUGCGCGCGCCGUUCAAGGGCGGGAGAGGCGGGGUCCAGAAGCUCCUCCACGCCGCGUUCAAGCGCGGGAAGACCUCGAUCGCCGUCCGGGUCCGCCGGGGCCAAGAGGAGGCUGUGGAGCUGCAGGCCUGCAUCGUCCCCCACGAAGCCGCCGGGCGGCGCCAGUACGUGCUCCGAUCCAUUCACGACCCCAACUACGCCGUCGGGUUCGCGGACCGCUCCGAGAGCGAGUGCAUCGCGUUGCAAGGUUCAAGGAACUCAAGGGUAGUCUGUGCAUUAAACGCCGCUCAGCUCCAGGAUGGAUAUGUAUCAUAUCCUUGGGAGAGGAAGAUGAGGGAAUCACUUCCCAUGUCAAACAUGAGCUGCUUCCUCUCUAUGCUUGUCCUUCCCAAGGCACUGGAUCCAGUUGCCUCUCGAUACGACUCCAUUGAGGAAACCUUGGCCCGAGCAAAUGCUUGGUUCAACUCCUCUCGGGCCUCAGGGGUCCCAAUUGUGUUCAUGAGUGUCCAGACAGAGGCUCUACUUACCAAGAUAUCUGGAGAGACAGCAUCAUCAACUGUGAAUACAGGAUCGCUGUCCGACCUUUCACAUCUUGCGAAUGCUAGCCUUUAUGGGUUCGAGGACUACCAUGGGGUGGAUAUUGGAGUGGUGAAGGCAGUUCGGCUUUGGUACACCCCGGCUGCCGGAGAAAUGGCAGUAGAGAUCAAACUUCGAGAAGGCGACACCAAGCUGGGUUUCGCAAUUAGUCGCACUGAAGAAGGUUUUAUCUACAUAUCUUCUGUAAUUGACGACGAAAACGACAAUGGUGUGGCUUCGACACGAUCAGGGCUCAGGCAUCUGUACAGAGAGGCAACAAAAGCAUCAAAGCUACUGGUGAUCUCGAGGGUAGCCAAUGAGAAAGUUCUCCCUUGGAUGGUGUCUUCCUUGGGAGCCAUUCGGUGUUUCGACACCGUCUCGCUCAGCCAGAAAUUCUCACUUCAUCGCCAUGCAUUGCGGCCCAUUCUAAUCCAUGUGCUUAUGUGGGAGCGACCUUCGAGCAGCGCUGUUGCUCGGUAUAAGUUUAUAACGCGAUCUUCUGUGCCGCCGCUGCCACUGCAGCCGCCGCCGCCAGCAGCUCAACUUCCAGCAGAGAACCUAGCUUUUGGUGAUGCAUCAGAGAUGAGGCUAGAGAGAGACACUGCAGGGAACGUGUCAUUCAGAUUUCAUGAUUUCUUCCUACCAAAUAACUGGGUGUGACUUUUGUGGUUUUGCGUCUGUGUGAAACUGUAUAUAUGUUUGUGAUUACGUGAGCUGUGAGCAGGUCCAUGUCAACGUGUUGCGUUCAGAAGGAGCUUCAUUGGAUGAAACCUCAGCUGAAGGAAUGCGAAGAUAUAUAGCUGUCACCGUGGACUGAAGGUGUUUGCUUAAGUUGCCUUAUGACAAAGAUUCAAGCUUUAGCUGUCAACUAGUUUGUGCGGUUGCCCACAGUGCUUAUGCGUGUGUUAUCUUUUCGGGUUACUAAUUCCGCCCUCUCAUGGAGCACAGUUUCACAAUGUUUUACUUGUACAUGUGCGUAAUUUGGGUCAAGCUGGGGUUAGUCUCAAAAUGACUGGGCUACUCAUAAUGGUAAACGAGACUUGACACUUCAACCUGGAACAUCUGCUGUCUCAAGUUCUGGUCGUGAGGGUUUUGUUUUGAAUUUAGGUUAAAUUAUGUUUGUGGUUGUAUUGUUCGCAUGAGAAAAAGAUCCAUCUUCUUUCGUGCCAA